AUAUAAUUAUUUAUGCGCAAGUAGCGUUAUUAAGAGGAAUUUACCCGACGACCUUUCACUUGUUUAAAGCUUAACACAGAAGUUCAGAUAAGUCUUUGAUCUUUUCUCAUCUGUAUGAAUAUGGGAUUACAGUUUUUUAAUCACAUUUUUGGUCAACUUCUAUCAAAAUUUGAUUUUAAUCUCCACCAUAUAAUCACCUCCUCUGCUAUUUGCAUUCAUCCACAAUUCAUCACUGUGUGAGCAAGAGGAGGGUCAAUUAUGGAGAGUAAAUGGUUAAUUUGUUUAUUGCUUAUCAGCGGUUUUAGUACUUACUGUUACGCGUCCAAAAGCAUGAGAAUGCGGCUGUCUACUGAGCAAAACAUGGAGGAUUUGCUUACCAGACGCAAUCUUCUUUCGAAUGGACUUGGCUCCACUCCUCCCAUGGGGUGGAAUAGUUGGAAUCAUUUCGCCUGCAAUAUUGAUGAAAAAACCAUCAAAGAAACUGCUGAUUCUCUGGUUUCAACUGGUCUUUUUAAGCUUGGUUACAUAUAUGUCAACAUCGAUGAUUGCUGGGCGGAAAGUUCUCGUGACGACAAGGGUAAUCUAGUGCCUAAGAAAUCCACAUUCCCAUCUGGCAUUAAAGCUCUCGCCGACUAUGUCCACAGCAAGGGUCUUAAGCUCGGAAUUUACUCAGAUGCAGGAUAUUACACUUGUAGCAAAAAACAGCCUGGUUCACUUGGUCAUGAGGAACAAGAUGCCAAAACCUUUGCUUCUUGGGGCAUAGAUUACUUGAAGUAUGAUAAUUGUAACAAUGAUUUCUCAAAGCCAACUCAACGGUACCCUGUGAUGACCCGAGCAUUAAUGAAUGCAGGCCGUCCGAUCUUCUUCUCUCUCUGCGAAUGGGGAGAUCUGCAUCCAGCUUUGUGGGGUUAUAACGUAGGAAACAGCUGGAGAACUACUAAUGAUAUCUCAGAUAAUUGGGAUAGUAUGGUCUCAAGAGCAGACCAGAAUGAAGUUUAUGCGGAUCUUGCAAGGCCCGCUGGCUGGAAUGAUCCCGACAUGCUUGAAGUCGGAAAUGGAGGGAUGAAAAAAGAUGAAUACAUUGUUCAUUUCAGCAUAUGGGCAAUUUCUAAGGCUCCCCUUCUCAUUGGUUGUGAUGUGAGAAAUACAACUAAAGAAGUUAUGGAAAUCAUUGCAAAUAAGGAGGUGCUUUCUGUGAAUCAAGACAAGCUAGGUGUUCAGGCUAAAAAGGUUAGGAUGGAAGGUGAUCUCGAGGUGUGGGCUGGUCCGCUUUCAAACUACAGAGUGGCCAUAGUUCUGCUGAACCGUGGUUCUUGGCCAACUUCCAUGAUUGCUCACUGGGAUGAUAUUGGGCUCCCUCCAAACACUGCUGUUACUGCAAGAGACCUUUGGGAGCACAAGACUCUGAAGACAAAAUUUGUAGGAAAUUUGACAGCAACAGUGGAUUCUCAUGCAUGCAAAAUGUACAUAUUGAAACCGGUUUCUUGAGAAAUUUCUGGCUCUGUGGUCAGCAUUAAGUUGUAUUUUUCGAAUAAAAUUGGCAGCCAACAUUCGAAUUGAUCGCCUUCAGUAAAUAUUCGAAUGUGAAAUCUCCCUUUGCUCCGUCUUUA